AUGGAUCACCGAAGCUUCGUCCCAGGCUGGGCGGUGCCCGCCAAAAGUGUUGAUUUUACUACUUUUGGAAUGUUUAUACUUGACGAGAUUCAUUUCGGAGGAGAUAAAGAAGAUGUGGUCGAUAACAUCAUCGGAGGUGCUGGGACUUAUGCUGUUAUUGGUGCUCGUCUAUUCAGCCCUGGUCCCCAGGCAAAAGCAAUUGGGUGGAUCGUUGAUGCAGGGAAUGACUUCCCCCACGAGAUCCGUCAAGACCUCGUGGUGUUGGGAACUGACUUGACCAUUCGUGAGGAUCAGGAGAGAAAAACAACUCGGGGGUGGAAUAAGUAUGGGCCUGGGGAUUAUAGAGAAUUCAAGUAUCUCACACCAAAGAAGCGCUUAGACGUCAAUGACCUCGUUGAGGAGGGACUGUUUACAGCAAAAGCGGUUCAUCUCAUUUGUACCCCUGCCCGCGCAAAUAAUCCUGUGCCCGACUCAUGUAAUUCGGCGCAUAGGGUAGAAAUGCAUAUGAUUCCUCCGCCGUACAAGGCUCUCGAAAUGGUUCACAUCAUCUCUCCUAAUCACGACGAGCUGGCAGGAUACUACAGCAUAGAAGACCCUCUUGUCAAGGACAAUCCUGAUACUAUCACAUCCCUGGCAGGGAAGAUAGCAGCUGCAGGAAUUGGAGAACAGGGGAGUGGUGCUAUCAUUGUCCGUGCGGGGAGGCUAGGGUGUCUCGUUGGCUGCAGAAAGCAUGCGCCUAUCUGGUUGCCAGCCUACUACCCACCUACCGAGGCGGGAGGAAAUAAUCCAAAGGUUGUGGACCCCACCGGCGGAGGUAACGCUUUUAUCGGUGGAAUGGGUAUAUCAAUCGCUAGAAAUGGGUCAGCAAAGUUCGUACUUGCUGCGGCAAUGGGUAUCGUAGCGGCUAGUUUUGCCAUUGAGCAGGUUGGGAUGCCGAAACUAGAAAUGGUUGAUGGCGAGGAGAGGUGGAAUGGGGUUAGUGUUAGGGAACGUAUGGAGGAGUAUCGGGAGAGGGUGGAGAAUAUGGGUAUUUCACUGGAUGUGUAG